CUUGUGAUUAUGUUACUCGACAAUGGCGCUUUCAUCUACAUUCGAAGAGAGACUUUAUCAAAUGGAGGAAACCAGAAACCAACGCCUCUCUCUUUUGCAGGCCGAGAAAGAGCUCCAGCAAAAUAAAUCUCAAGCUCUAGCUUCGAAGCUUUCUGGUAUCAGAUACAUUGAACAGAGGUGCUUCAAGCUCGAUCACAAAAUUGCCUCACAACAAUUCAUCAUUUCUUCCCUCAAAUCGCAACUCGAUCGCCUCGAUUCAAUCCAUCUGAAUCAAAUCAAGCAAUUCAGGCUUUUGAAAAGUGAAGUGGAAAAUCUGGAAGGGUUAGAUAAGGAAAAGGACAAGUAUUAUGCGUUGAAAGCUCGUGAGAUUGACAACUUUAGGUCUCGAGCUGAGAUUUUUGCUACCGAAUCCCAAAUGCGUGUGGAUGAAUUGAGGAAUUGUGUGAAUGAGCUCCAAUCGAGUUUCAUCCAACUUCAACACAGUGCUGGGUACUCAAAUAAUCCUGACUUAGCUGCAGCUGAAAUGAGAAAAUCUGAACUUGAAGCUACAAAAGAGUCUUUAGAUAGAAAGUUGGCUUCUAAUUACAACACAAGGGCACACUUGCAAAAGCAGCUAAAGAGUUUGCUUAUUUCACAAAAAAGAAUGGAGGAAAACCUUGAAAGAUAGGAUCUUUUCAAAACAAUGGAUAUAGAAUAGACGAAUUUCAAAGCAAACAAACGAUUGUAUAUAAGUAUAAACAUUACUUUUUAUUUUUUAUUUUUUUAAAGGGGAUAAUGACUUGAAAGGGUAACGAACUUUCGACUUUUGUCACAUUUAGUCACUAAACUUUUUUUCCUUAUCUAUUUGCCAUUGAACUAUAUUUUACCU